CUGGGAGAGGUUUCACGCAUGUUGAUCACCAUUCGUUUUAUGUUGACCCGAGGCGGCGAAACAAUCAUGCCAGACUGUUUUGCGCAGCAAAUUCCCUUUUCCAUUUUGGCAUUUUUCAUCCGGAUCGUUGUGUUUUUCGUUGGCUCCGUUGGCUCGGUUGGUGUCGUUUCACCGCGUGAUUUAAUCGUGUAGGUUGCGCCAUGAACCCCUUUGGCUGAGUUUCGUGGCGGCUGUGGGAGAGCCGGAGCCGAGCAUGGAGACAUGGCCUGGAGGAUUUGAGGACUGGAUGGAUGUGAUGGGAUGGGAUGGGAUGCAGACCGAGGAUGCCUGUUUGCUGUGUUCAAUUCACGUCGGGUUGAAAUUGGUUGCCAGUCGUUUUAAACGGGAUAUGUUUUUGGAGUUUGUAACGCAUUUGACUUCGGCACCUGACACGGGAGGUCAGGCCUAUGGGUUUGGAGGACAUCGCUUCCGUUUUCCCAUUUACAGGAAGUGCUGAAACGUCAGACCACCUCUUGGAGGAGUUCAUGCAAGAGAUUCAGCCUUCCUUCAGGGGUAAGUUAAUCUCCAUCUUGGCAUCACGCUUUCCUGAGUCUGCCCAUCCAUGCGCAGAGGAUGUGAAGCAGCACUGCGUCAACCAUGAGAGCCCUUUGCACUGCUUGGGUCUGCACGCGCAACAUGUAUCCCCCGGCUGUAUGCAAGAAGUUCGCCACUCUGUGCCUUUCGGCUGCAGUGAAGAGAUUCACAGACACUGCAGCGGACACCGGGUAGGCGGCAUGCUGCGCUGCCUGGAAGAGCUGGACUUCGCGACCCGCACGGACACCGUCACCGAAGCGACGGCGGCUGAUGCGGUUAUUGCGGCCCGACAAGCCUUGGCCAGCAUUCAAGGAUCAGAGAAGCGGGCGGAAGAAGAGCACCAUCACCACAAUCACAAGCAUGAGCACCACCACAAGCAGGAUGAGCACAAUAGACACAAACACACCCACGCGAAGCAUCAUUCUGAUCAUCACAAGCAUUUGGACCAUCACCACCAUAGCAACGAACACCACAAUCAUCCAAAUCAUGACCAUCACAGUCCUGAGCAUCACAAGCAUCCGGAGCACCAGCAUCAUCAUGAGGCUCAUCACACACUUCACAAGGAUAAACAUCAGGGGCAACAUCACUCCAGCUCCUGCCCCCCAGGGUGGGACGGACCCAAGGCCGGUGGUUGCUGUACGAGACGUUGGUCAGCUAGGUGCAACCUCCCAUGUAGUGUUGAUGACUGCAAAGCGGCAAGUGGAUGGGAAUUCAGGUGGGCGGACUUCAGAACCCAUCCAUACAUUUGUUGCCCCAAGGUGAUUCGACAUCAGUAUUUGGGAGGUCAACAGAUCUGCCCGAGUGGUUGGGAAGUAGAAGAACAGGGCCAUGGACACUGUUGCAGGAAGUCGUGGUCAUGGGAUUGCGGCGAACACUGCGCCUUUGACCAAUGCAAGAAGAAUCUGGCACUGGAGUGGUACCCUGUGGAUGACAAGUCCGAACGCUACAAGUGUUGCCCUGAAAUGCCUGCAAUUCAUUUUGACUUGAAGGAGAAGACUGACUUGCCGAGUUUGGUCACAGCUGGUUCUUCUUUGGUGUCCAGGCCCAUCGAUUUGUCGUCAGUGACCUUCGCCCAAGCUUCCACUGCAGGCGUGAUAUUGGGAGCGCUUCUUAUUUGCAAGUUUGCUCUCAGUUGCUGGUGCUCCUUUAGCCGGCGGCAAUCGCAGAAAGACCAGUAAAACAUUGCUGACCUUGCAUUGCUGAGCAGGAA